AUGAGUUUCACGAUUCAACUCCUCAUUGGGGCGUUUGUUGCGCUACCAGUUGCUACGUUACUAUAUUCGGUGUUCUACUACCUUACCGAUGUCCACCGUCUACGCCGAUUUCCUUCACCGUCUUUGACGGCUGCAUUGUCGCCUUUGUGGAUGAUGUGGCACAAUGCUCGGGGCAAAAAGUAUGAAGCUCUCGACGUGGCACACCAAAAGCUCGGCCCUGUUCUUCGAGUCGGUCCUAAAACACUCUCCUUCUCGGCUCCAGAGGCAUACAAAGAUAUAUAUGGUCAUGGUUCUCCAAUUCUCAAGGAUAUCUUUUACGAUAAUUUAGCAAACGGCAAUCCAUCCAUGGGGGAUGCGACAGAUCGCCAGCUGCAUUCAAUCAAGCGGAAGAAUCUGUCAAGUAUUUUUUCAGCAAAAAACAUUCUGAGCAUGGAACCUAAAGUGACAAGCUCGGUGGAGGAGCUACUUGCAGCGAUUCGUAUCAAGCUGAACGGAGGAGCUUUAUCCAACGACGACAAGCACGUGGUUUUAGAAGGCGUAUUUGAUAUACAGCCCUGGUUGAACAUGUUUUCCUACGAUGUCAUCUCCAAGAUGCUAUGGUCUUCAUCCUAUGGGUUUCUAAAUUGCGGGAGCGAUGACUGUAACUCCAUGGCCGUCGAUGGGCGCGUCAUGAAAGUGUCAGCGAUCCGAUGCUUCCAAACUGGGGUGCAAUUCAAUGCACUUUGUGCACAUCUCCCCCCGCCAUUGUAUCAAAUUUCAAGGUUUGUUACGAAGCCAUUGUAUCAGACGGCAGCUGCAGAUCAUUUUUCAGGAAUGGCAAGAUAUGGCAUUUUCAAGCGUAUGGAACGGGGUGAUUCCGAUGACGUUGACUUCUUCUCUUUCUUCCCGACACAAAAGACCAAGAUCUGCCCUGUUCCUAUGGAGUUGCCAGAGCUUAUUGCAGAGUGCGGUACAUUUUUAAAUGCAGGAAAUGAUACCAUCCAGAUCUCACUUACCAAUACUAUUUAUGAGCUUGCAUCCCACCCAGAAUGCCAACAAAAGCUGUAUAAGCUCCUUACCGAGUCGUUGCCAAAACAAUCGCAGCCGAUUGCUUCAUACAUGGAGCUGAUACGGUUCAAUCUCCCACGAAUAAUUGUUCAAAACGGAGCUGUAAUUGCAGGCCAUCAUGUUCCAGCCGGAGUGACCGUUUCCUCCUCUGUGUAUAUGAUGCACCGAGACAAAAGCCUCUUUCGAGAGCCGCUGAAAUGGCUUCCAGAACGAUGGCUUCCCGAAAACCCAGACUUUUCGGAUGCAGAAAGAAGAAACUUGAAGGAUUUUGUUCUACCGUUUACAUCAGGAGGAAGGGCUUGUAUUGGGCGCAAUCUGGCUUACAUGGAAUUGAGCGUUUGCAUAGCUGCCCUGGUGAUGGCUUUUGAAUGGGGUAUUUCCGAGGAUGACAAGAAGAAGUUUAGCCAUUGGGAGAGCAUAAAUUGUACUCCUAGAGGUCUCAAGGUCACUGCCCGGCCCAGAUCAACGCCUUGA